AUGGCUACAAGCACAUAUAAGGAGCUGGAUAAGUUAUUUUUUGCAGUGCAUGAAUUUGAUUGGCUGUGCUAUGUUUCCUGGCAGGCAGAGGUUUGUGCGGGAACUGUGGCUGAGGUCAUCCAGUCUGUGGUCAAUGGAGCAGACGGCUGUGUGUUUUGCUUCGGACACUCCAAACUAGGCAAAUCCUACACUAUGAUUGGCAAGGACGACUCCAUGCAGAGUUUAGGGAUCAUCCCGUGUGCCAUCUCCUGGCUCUUCAAACUGAUCAACGAGUGCAAGGAAAAGACAGGCGCACGUUUCUCCGUACGAGUGUCGGCUGUGGAGGUCUGGGGAAAAGACGAGAACCUGAAAGAUCUGUUGUCGGAGGUGGCGACAGGCAGUUUGCAGGACGGUCAGUCUCCAGGUGUCUACCUUUGCGAGGACCCCAUCUGCGGGAUGCAGUUACAGAAUCAGAGUGAGUUGCGUGCUCCUACAGCUGAGAAGGCUGCUUUCUUCUUGGAUGCUGCCAUUGCUGCACGUUACAGCAGUAAGCCAGACUAUGACGAAGAGGAGCACCGUAACUCUCACAUGCUCUUCACCCUACACAUCUACCAGUAUCGAAUGGAAAAGACCGGCAAGGGUGGAAUGUCGGGAGGCAGGAGCCGACUGCACCUCAUCGAUUUAGGCAGCUGUGUUAAGGUUUUGAGCAAGACCCGUGACAGCACUACAGGACUCUGCCUCUCUCUGUCUGCCCUGGGGAACGUCAUAUUGGCUUUAGUCAACGGCAGCAAGCACAUCCCUUACAAAGAUAGUAAGCUAACCAUGCUGCUACGUGAGUCCCUGGGAAACAUGAAUUGUCGCACCACCAUGAUAGCCCACAUCUCCUCGUCCCCCAACAACUUCUCAGAGACACUCUCUACCCUUCAAAUCGCCUCUCGUGUUCUUAGGCUGAAGAAGAAGAAGGCUAAACAAUACACAUCCAGUUCCUCUGGUGGUGAGAGCUCAUGUGAGGAAGGAAGAAUGCGUCGCCCAACACAGCUGAGAACCAUUCAUUCUAGAAAUGUUGUUGAUUCAGAAAUGCCCCUGCUACACCUCUCCAGUGACCCUGAAGACUAUUCCAGCAGUGAGCAGUCAUGUGACACAGUUAUCUACGUAGGUCCAAAUGGCUCAGCCCUCUCAGACAAAGAGCUAACAGACAACGAAGGUCCUCCAGAGUUUGUUCCUAUCAUCCCAUCCCUACAUAAAAAUAAAGCAGAUCUUAGCAUGACUUCUUUGACAUCACAACCAGCUCAACAGGUUGUAGCCCCACUAGUUCAAGCCUCACAGUCUGUCCAACCUUUGCAGACUGUUCAUCCCCAGCCACUUCCACCUUUGCCAGAGGAAGGUGCUGAGCCAGGUAAAAAGGAGAAAGACUGUCUUAAGUGUAACACUUUUGCAGAGCUCCAAGAGAGGCUGGACUGUAUUGAUGGAAGAGAAGAGGUUACGAAAUUCCCUUUUGAAGAAGACCCUGCCGACAGAGCUGCCAAAUUUGAGCCUGGCCAUGGUCAAGUCAUAACAGGGGGUCAGCAGUCCAGUUCUCCUAAGAGGAUAUCUGACCAGCAACUGGAGGAGAUCCGUGAGGUGGUUGAAGAAGCAGAGAUCGCUCAGUCAAUAAUUGAAAGCUUGACACAGUCUUCAACAGGCAGUUGUGGACUCUCCAGCAGCAGAAGUGUGACUGGCAGCAGCGGUAUUGGGCAACUAACUCCUCUUCACAGAGCCAAGAGCUCCAGUUUACAUGACAGCAGAGAAUCCAUCAGUGGUGGGAGCAGCAGUGAGAGUAAGCCUCGUCCUAUGGGCUCCCCACGGUUGGGGAUUGCCAGUCUUACUAAAACCUCAGAGUACAAACCACCAUCCUCUCCCUCUCAACGCUGCAAAGUGUACACCCAGAAAGGAGUAAUGCCUGGCACACCACCACACUCCUCACAUAAUCUCAAUAAAGACUCUAGAAAAUCAUCUACAGAGUCUUUGCUUAAUCCUGAGUCUAGAACCUCUCCGGUGGGGAUGAGCCCACAGGUCCUAAAGAGAUCUUCAUCAUCCAAUAGCCUUGGAUCAGCUGAGACACUGUGUGAUGAUGUUCCCCAGCUGCCUUUGGACAAUAAGAAAAAUGCGAAGGACACCACAGCCACAGUUACACUGGAGCAUCCUUUGGAACCCAAUGGAGAGGAUGAGCUGGUGUUUACCCUGGUGGAAAAGCUGACAAUUAGUGGGGUGAUGGAAAAUGGCAGACCAACCAGCAUUAUCAGCUUUAACAGUGACUGCUCGGUGCAGGCUAUGGCAUCGGGUUCAAGGCCUGUUAGCAUCAUUAGCAGCAUGAGUGAAGACCUAGAACAUUACACCACUGCUCCCUGCACUACCACUGCCACUAUCUCACAAGUCAACAUUUCUAAAUUCCUGCCUCUUAGCAAGAUAGAAGGGUACGCCCAGGCUAGUCGUCGUUCCUCAAUCAGCUCAUGGCUGAGUGAAAUGAGUGCUGGCAGUGAUGGUGACCAGUCAUGUCAUAGCUUUGUUGCCCAACAGUGCUUUGGGCAAGGUGAGGCAAUAGCGGAAGAUAGGCUUUUAGAAAUUCAAGAAGAAGGAGACAUAGACCCUGAGUCAAAUGACCAAAAGAACUCAGACAAAGAGAGUGAUUCCAAUACAACUGAAGUGAAUGAUAAAAACACAGCUAAACAUAAACUAGACAAGCUGUCCUCAACCUCAAGUGGCUAUGUUCCUUUUAAGACCAACAUCACAACUCACCCAUGUGCCGCUGUUAAGCCAAUGGUUGUGCAGGGCUUGCAAACCAAAACCCCUCUAGUCAAAGAUCCCAAAUCCCCACCUGUUCCAAUGUCAAGUGAGAUAAAUUUUGAUGACCCUUGGAUGAAAAGGGAGGGAUGUGAAGAGACCAAGCCUUUGGACAUGGUCUGUGAUAUUAAGUCAGAGAAGAGAACAUCGGAAUCUGUAAAAAGGAAAUGGCAAGUUGACAAGCUCAACUCGAGUGAAGCAGCAUGUUCCCCUGAUUCCAUGAACCGGGUGGUGGAUGGCUGUGAGAUGGUAUUCAAUGCACCUGAAAGCAUAACUCAAGUGUACUCUGCAGACAUCCUCAGAACGGGUAGUCUCCCUCGUGCAUGGCAUCGCUUGAAUAAGCAGGACGAUCUGGAAGACCCUACAUACCGUUACAUGAGUGGAGAGUAUAAAAGCCUUGGGGUUACCACCUCCACUCCCUGCAGUCCAAGAGCCACACUCGAAAGAAGAUGUUCAGCAGGGAGGCAAGGUAUCUUUGCUCGUCAGAAAGGAAUCCCACCAUUGCCACCUGUAAGGAAGUCUAGCCUUGACCAGAGGAAUCGAGCAAGUCCACAGCAUAAUCCAGGAAAUUCUCAGACAUCAAACCAUCAUCUGUCUUUCCUUGGCAGCACACCUGAAGACCUGGUUGGUAAACAUAAAGGACCAAAUAUUGAGAGCAGCAGACUCUUCAGUGCCAAACUUGAGCAGUUAGCAAACAGAACCAAUUCCUUAGGGAGGUCUCAUGGGGCACAUUAUGACUGUCAUUUCUUAGAGAGGGCGGAGAGUUUGACCUCUCUGGGCUCUAAAGGAGGAGUUGCAAAAGACAGUACAAUGCCAAGGACAGGUAGGAGCAUCAACCGCAGUUUGCUUUCAUCACCUACCAAUGGACCAAAUGGUAACAAUAAUGCAUCACAAUCACCCAAAGCAAGUCAAUCCAAAAUCUCUGCAGUUAGCAAACUCCUUAUGGCAAGUCCCAAAGCUCGAAGCUUGUCAACCUCCAGCACUAAGACCUUAAGUUUCUCCACCAAGUCCCUUCCACAAUCAGUAAACCGAAGCUCAAGUUUGCCUCCUAACGGAAAGAACCAGAACCAAAAUUCAUGGUCAACCCAGUCCCUAAGUCGCAGCAGGGGGACAGGGUUAGCAUCUAAGCUACCUUUAAGAGCAGUGAAUGGACGAAUCUCUGAGCUCCUACAAGGUAGCGCCAGCUCUCGUGCUGCCCAAGGACGAGGGGCUUCAGACACUGAAGAGAGAGGAGCAGCAGUCCAAGGAGAGGAAAGGCCAGUGGUCCAUACUUUGCCCUCACCUUACAGUAAGAUCACUGCCCCAAGAAGGCCUCACCGUUGCAGUAGCGGACACGCCAGUGACAACAGCAGUGUGCUAAGCGGAGAGCUUCCUCCUGCAAUGGGAAAGACUGCUUUGUUCUACCACAGUGGUGGCAGCAGUGGCUAUGAGAGUAUGAUACGAGACAGUGAGGCCACAGGAAGCACAUCAUCCGCUCAGGACUCUAUGAGUGAAAACAGCAGCUCUGUCAGUGGUCGCAGGAGCCUCAAGAAUUCAAAGAAAAGAUGUAAUACAGGGUCCCAGAGACGCCGUCUAAUUCCUAACCUCAGCUUAGACACCUCCUCUCCAGUGAGAAAGCCGGUCAUCAGUCCAGGGGUACGCUGGGUGGACGGUCCCCUCCGGCCCACACAAAGGGGUUUAGCUGAACCUUUCGAGAUUAAGGUUUAUGAGAUUGAUGAUGUUGAACGUCUACAGAGGAGACGAACCGUAGGCAAUAAGGAAGUGGUAUACUUUAGUGCCAAACUGAAGAUCUUAGAGUAUCGGCAACAGAGAAUCUCAGAGGUGCGGGCCAAGUACGAUUGGCUGAAGAAGGAACUAGAGCAAACCAAACAACAUCUGAUGCUGGAGCCAGAGAAAUGGACCACUGAAUUUGACCUUCAGCAGACGUUUGAAGUGGACUCUCUGGAGUACUUAGAAGCUCUGGAGUUUGUCACGGAACGACUGGAGAACCGGGUCAACUUCUGCAAAGCUCAUCUGAUGAUGAUCACAUGCUUUGACAUCACCUGUCGGCGACGGUAAAAGAUUCGCCAAGUAUUAAGGACAAUUGGAAGUGGAAAAGGCUCAGCAGAGUGUAUGUGAGCAAGUUAUAAAGUUCAUCAACACAAUGAUGGCUGAAAUGAUUGGGAAAAUAUAAAGGCUUACUAUUUUUUCUAAAAUGGGUUUUGGUGGGGAACGGAAAACGCUGGACUUGGAGAGUUGACGAAAAAAAAAAAGCAUUGUCCAACAUAGAUGGAUGAGCACUUUGGAACUACGAAGUCGUCGUUUUCGAAAAUGGGCUUGCUCGCUUGCUGUGAACAAACUAAUUAUAUUGCCAUAUGUGGAUAAAAAACAAAUCGUUGAAGAAGAUGAAUGAAAAACAACAAAAAGGACGACAAGUGCCUUGUGAACACUUCAAUAUCUUGGAAAUCUAUGGACAAAAAUCCAUAUUUGUGUACAGAUGGUGCUAGCUUAAAAAAACAUGCAUACAAACAAAACAAACAAACAAAAAAAGUUUAAAAAGUAACAAGAAAAAGAAAAUGAAAACACUGCUUGUUAAAUUAUGUGUUUAAUCUCUUUGAGUCUGUCUCGGUAUUUGUAUUGUUAUACACUAGUCACAUUCAACUGAACUGUUACGUGUGUUUUAUAUAAUUUUUGUAUUCUUGGACACACUGAGACCACAUAGAGUGUAUCGUAUUCCAUGAAAUAGCACAGCACGACAUCUAGAAGAAUGAUUCUGGCAUUGGCUCAUUGAUUUUUCACAUCCCCUGCGGUUAUGUUGGCAUUUUCAGCAGUGUGACGCCUCGGGCUCGGCCGCUCCAGCGUGUCACGGUUGAGAGGCGAGAAAAAUCCUCAGUCUGGCAGGACCAACAAGGAUCUUUAAUAUCAAUAAGAAACAAAAACUUUAAUGCAUGCCAACUUCUUGGGCAUUUUUAAAAUGUAACUUCCCAAUAUAAUUUUUUUGGUCUAAUAAAACUUAGUCAAAUUUAGUGUUGUGUUGCAUUCCAGAUCAGAUUGGUGCAUAUGUCUGGUCAUUGGCUUUCCCUCUAUGUGGUCUCAUUGUAAGUGUGCUAACACUUUGGUAUAAAUCUGUUUAUAUAUACAGUAUAUAUAUGGUGCUUGAGACAGUUUCAGCUCUAAACGUUUAUAGUUGAGUAUAUAGCCUGUUUCUGGUACUAACUAAAGACUUCAUACGCUUUUCCAUUCCCGCUUCACUCCUCUUCCCUGCCCUGACCCUCGCCAAAGCAAAGGGGAGCAACAUUCCUGCUGCCCUUUGACCUGUUGGCAUUGUAAUGAAUGAAGGAUAUAAUUUAUUUUUUACCUCAGGAGGCCUGUAUGACAGAGAUGCUUAUAUUCUAUAAUUUAUUUAGCCUGCAAAGCACUAUGCAUUAAAAUUGUACAGUAGCUAAAUUCAUGCCAUAUAUAUAAAAUAUACUUCUAUAUUUCCCUUUUGUUCUUCUUUAUAUAUUAUACAGGUUUUGUUUUUGUAUUUCUUUGUAAAUGCAUCUAUCGCCAAAUCAUGGGAGACGAGAGAACAAGCAAUUUCCAUGUUUAUUCAUGAACUGUUUUUUUCAUCACAAGCCGUCACAUUCUUCAGCAUCUGUGGAUCGUUCAAGUAAUGCAUUGUGUGAUAUGCGGUACAAUGUGCAACGAAUAUCGUCCUAAAUGCGAUUUAAUGUUCACGAACAUGGUUGCGAAACUAAGGCCUCGCCUCCUUUCACUAAGUCAUGUGAAUAGAAAGAAAAAACAAAAAAGACAGAGUUUGGCAUUAUAGAUGUAUGAGGGAAGAUGAGGAAAGUUGUCAACAUAUUGCUUCAUGUUAAUACUGCGACAGUCGGCAUGAUUUCUUGUUCUAUGGGGAAAAACACAGCCUGAAUGAGAGUUUGAUUGGCAUACGGACUGAUGUAAAUAAAGGAUGUUUUGGAAGCUU